CUCUUUUAUCCAAAUCAACUGAUCAGAGAGAGAGAGAGAUAUGUGUUCAUUAGAGAAACGUGGUCGGCUUUUCAUACUAAAACUCACCGGCGACGGCGAACACCGUCUCAACCCAACCUUACUCGACUCUCUCCGUUCCAACAUCAACAAGAUCCGUUCCGACAAAUCAUCUUCAGAAUCAGUACUCAUCACAACAUCAGAUGGUAAGUUCUUCUCCAACGGCUACGAUCUCGCUUUAGCCAAAUCAAACCCAUCUCUCUCUGUUCCAAUGGACUCAAAACUCAGAUCUUUAGUCGCCGAUCUCAUCUCUCUCCCUAUGCCAACCAUCGCCGCCGUCACAGGUCACGCCUCCGCCGCGGGAUUUAUUUUAGCGAUGAGUCAUGAUUACGUGUUGAUGCGUCGUGACAGAGGUUUUUUGUAUAUGAGUGAAUUGGAUAUUGAUUUGGAAGUUCCGGCGUGGUUUAUGGCUGUGAUUAGGUUAAAGAUUGGUUCUCCGGCGGCGAGGAGGGAUGUUAUGUUGACGGCGGCUAAAGUGACGGCGGAUAAAGGUGUGGAAAUGGGUGUUGUUGACUCGGCGUAUGAUAGUGCGGCGGAGACAGUUGAAGCCGCCGUUAGGUUAGGUGAGGAGAUUGUUAGGCGAGGUUGUGAUGGACACGUGUAUGGUAAGAUGAGAGAGAGUCUUUUAAGAGAGGUUCUUGUCCAUACGAUUGGUUUAGAUGAGAGCGGUUCGAGUAGGGUGCGAAACACUGGAUCGAAACUUUGAAGAGACCGAAGCCUACGUGUUUUGUUUGUUGUACUUUGGUACGAGAUUGUCUUUUUUAACUUGUUGUAAUAAUGUCAACUUAAUUUUAACUAAUGAGAAAUUUGCUACUUCCUCA